AUGAGUGAUAAAUUUAUGCCUCCAAGGAAAACAGUUCGCAGAAGAUCUCCGUCAACUGAACCAUCUGGGGAGAGUUCAACAGAUGAUGACGCAAACGAAGUUGAGAGAAAAGUCCCCUUCAACGUUGCUCUCAUGAGACCUCGGCCAUUUAAACAAUUUCUUGAGGAUGAUUCAACGGACAGUGAAGCAACGGACAGUGAAGCAACAUACAGUGAAGCAACGGACAGUGAAGCAACGGACAACGAAGAGAACGAAGUUGCGAGAGAAUCUCCCAAAGCUCCUCGCAUGAGAGUUAGGGCACGAGAACCAUCUGAUGAGGAUGAUUCAGCGGACAGUGACGCAACAAGUCAAGAGGAGUUAAAAGUGAGUCCAAAGAAGAACAAUGAUGCAGUAAACGAGCCGCCGAACAAGAAGAGAAGACUGCAUAGGAGGAAGAUGUAUACCCCUCGAAGAUUUAUUUCCCCAGAGGCAGAAGUUAACCAGACUGAUGCAAAGCCGUGCAACAGUGGGGGAUCAAAGGAGGGCCAUUCUGAUUAA